AUGUACCAUUCAUUGGUAACAAGAAGUGUAGCAGACAUCGAUUGGCUAUAUUUGGACGAAUCAAUACUUAGUGCUCGCGGCAAAAGGCGUCAUUGGUCAAGUAACGAUCAGAUUCUUUGCAAAAUUGGCAUGACUACUAGAUCAAGUGUCAAUACUAGAUUGCUAGAAUGGCAGAAUACUUGUAAACAUCCAGUAAUAAACUUGACACCUGAAAGAAUACAUUUGCUGUACGAAUCUGGUCGAAAUUCCAGGACUUUGACCAAAAUUCUGAGUAAAUUAUCCCUAAAUGGAUCCAAAGUACGGCCAUCCAAUCCAAAAUUGCAAACCUAUAAUAAUGGUGGGUUCUACACAAACGGCAAAGGUCCCAAAACACUCGCUAUGAUUGAAAAUACUAUCCACAGGCAACUCUGGCAGCGAUACGGUCAAGGAUUAAUUUGGUGCUAUGGUUGUGAUCCCGAAGGUCAUACCAGGCAUAAGGAAUGGUUCAGAGUUCCAAUAAAGGACUUACCAUUGCUAGCAAGAUACAUUGAUAGGGUAUGUGGUGGAUGA